CCCGAGCUAGUGCCGUGUCGACACUUGUCCACGGUGUUCAAGAUAUGGUUGCUUCACUAAUAGUUCUACUGGACUUUGCUGGCGAUCCGGGUGUUCCUGUGGCUAACAUCACUUGGACAAAGUUUGUCAAUGCGUCACCCGAAGUGCCAAUUCCAACGUCAUUCCUAUCACAAAGCCGACUGAACCUCAGCAUAGCACACAUGAAUUACACCGAUGCUGGCUUGUACAGUGCACGGCUCUCAAAUCCAGCUGGUGCUGCAACUGUAAACUUCACCCUGGAGUACAGAGAGCCGCCAAGGUUCAUCUCACAGCCAGUCGUAGAAACACGUAACGAAGGCGCCAGUGUACAGCUUGAAUGCAUUGCCAGUGGUGUGCCGAGACCAAGCAUCAAGUGGCUGCACAAUGGAAUUGUCCUGAACGGAUCAGCAAUCACUACAAUCACGGAAGCGACGUACAACGCCAGCUUUGCAUGUGAUCAUAGCGAGUGUGUUUUGUCAACAUUGGCGAUAUCGAACAUCACGUAUCCGGAGCAUCAAGGCGAUUAUGAGUGUGAAGCAUCUAACAUCGUGUCUUCUGCCAUCAGCCGAAAUUCGACUUUGAACAUUUAUGUUCAGCCAACGGAGAUCAUUGCCGCAUCAGAUCUAGCAGUGGCAGAAGGCUCCACGGUUCUCAUGACUUGCAAUGUACAUGCGGUACCACCACCAGCGAUAACCUGGUUCUUCAACAAUGUGGAGAUAUCAUCAAGUCAUGCCUAUUCGGCUGGUCGUAUUCAACUUACGCAGUCCGAUCAUAAUCUGACCAUCAGCACGGUUGAAUUCCGUGAUCGCGGCGUCUAUCAAUGCACAGCCAGUAACACAGAUAGCAGCGGAACUCUUGGUGGGUCUGUUAAUGGCACAGACGUCACUCUCAGUGUGUAUGUUUCGCCAAUAAUAUCCGAAGCACCAGACAAUAUCACAAUUGUCGAGGGUGAGAAUGUCACUUUAACCUGUAGGGCAACUGGGCACCCAGCUCCAAGCAUACAUUGGCAGUAUAAUGGUACUGAUCUGCCGUCAUACUCAAAUAUCAGUAUUGCUGUAGGUCCAGUGGAGCCAACCUACAUCACGAGCAGCUUGAGUCUGGACAGCGUUGGGUUUGGGAAACGCGGUGCUUACAGAUGCGUGGCCAAAAUCAAUGCCACGGGUUCCCGGGACGUGGAGAGAAUGAGAGAUGUGGCUAGCAGUGAAGGCAUCUUGACAGUUUACACGGAGCCACAACUCCAGUUCUUGUCCAGCGCCUUACACAUAGAACCUCCUGAGCAGAUCAACAUCACCUGCACUUUCUCAAGCAACCCUCCUCCAACUGUUAUAAUUUCUGCUCCUGGCUACACUCAAAGUCAGAUUUUAUCACUGGGAUUGCUACACACUGUUCAAGGAGUAUAUUCCAGUGGCAUGCCUUGGCGUCGGGCAACACUACAUCUAGCAGCAGCAAGGCGUUCAGACAAUGGUACUUACACGUGUACAGCAAUGACACCAGCUGGAAACGCAACUCAGGACACAUCCGUUACUGUUUACGAGAUACCUGAUUCUCCCCGGCCGGCUAUAGUGGUGCGGAAUAUACCCUACAGCAUCACUAUUGAAUGGACAGAGCCACAAGGCAAUAAUGCUCCCAUUUUAAGCUACAGGAUUGAGAUAACGUCUUUGGACUGUCAAGGAAACAAGGUGGAAAUGUUUCACAACACAUCUGCUGGAGUGCGGUUGGCAACAUUCAGUGUGUUGCCAAAUCGGCAGUACGAGUUCCGUGUCCAAGCCAGCAAUAGAAUUGGAACAGGGAGCUUCAGCCCCCAGUUGUCUGUUCACUCACAUGAAAUUGAACCACUGCCUGCCCCAGCCAGUGUCAAGGUAGAAGUGAUCAGCUUUGAGUCUGUCAACAUCUCCUGGUCAGACAUCAACUGUACAGAGCAAACAGCACAGACGCAGGGAUACCGUGUGUUGUACAAGGACCUAUUGGCAUCCAACUUUUCAUCUGUGGAAGUGUCAAACCAAAGCCUUUCAUAUGUGCUGUCAGGCUUGGACGCACUAACGUUCUACACAUUCCAAGUGUGUGUGCUCUCGACUACAAUGUGCAGUGCUGACAGUGAUCCGGUUCAGGCGAGAACCUUGGCUAUAGGCAACCGCUCUCCACCUGAAGCACAUGCACCCAACAAUGCAGUAACUGGAGUGGAAAAUGAAGCAGUGGAACUGUUUGUGAAUCUCACAGAUGCCGGCAUAGCCCCGUUACCCAGUUCCAACAUUACUUGGGUGAAGGUUGUGAAUGCUACAUUUGAGGCAGCAGUCAACGCCAGCAUCUCCUCAGAUGGCCUGACACUGAGCAUACAUAGGAUGCACUACACGGAUGCUGGAAUGUACAUAGUCUAUCUGAGACACUCAGCAGCCGUACUCGAAAUUAACUAUACUGUACUCUAUGAAGAACCGGCUCAAAUACUCCGUGGACCUGAACUUACCAAUACUAACGAAGGGAGUAAUGUUACGCUGGAGUGUGUUGCUCGCGGCAUGCCAGCACCAGCGGUAGCAUGGUAUCAUGAGGGGACUUUGGUCAGCAGUGAUCUAUACCGCACUGUCACAUAUGCGGAUGCCGUCACUACCCGAAGGGGUACGCAGGGAGUAUGGUCGGUGUUGACCUUGGACAAUGUCACCACUCUGAAUGCUGGAAUCUUUCGUUGCGAAGCUAUCAACAAACACUUGCCGUCAGCAAGUGCCUCUGCCAGGCUCAAUGUGUACAUACCGCCUGAAGAGUUGGCCAUACAGCCAAACACGUCGCUCACAGAAGGACAAACAGCGCAAUUUUCCUGUCAAAUGUCGGGAUUUGACACACCGCAUGUCACAUGGUACCACAACAAAACACGGGUUGUCACCACACUGACCAAUCCCAGGGUAGCACUGUCCAAUGGUAGCUGGAACUUGACAAUCAGCUCUGUUGUGCGCAACGAUACUGGGACGUACGGCUGUGUGGCGGAGAAUGGCAAUGUGACGGCUGGAUACGGUGGUGUCACCGCAGGUUCUCAAGCACUUCUCACAGUACAUGUGCCUCCCAAGAUAAUAUUGCCACAGAACGGAAAUGUGUUUGUCGUCAACCAAACCGGUGAUCUGGAGUUGGAGUGCGUCGUGGAGUCGUUUCCAAUGGCAACCGUCACUUGCUACUUUGGCAGCAAUAUUGUUACUCGGACUCAUGAGGGGACGAUCAUGACCAAUGAGUCAUCAGUAUACAGUACUUCAUCCCAGCUGUACACAACUACAUACCAGCUCAGUGUGAGCAAUAUCAGUGAGAGUGAUGCAGGACAGUAUGUAUGCAUUGCUACGGUGGUUGCAACAACUGGUGUUCACGUGGACAGCAUCAAUACUAGUCUUACAGUGCAAGUUCCACCGGUUGUUCAGAGAGUGAGUAAUGCCACCCAGGACAGUCUGGAAGCAAGCAAUGUCACAUUCAGUUUUGCGUACACAAACUCCCCACAACCACAGCCAAGCAUACAGUGGGCACUGCCCAUGGCCAGUCCGAGAUUUGAAGUUUCAACGAACAGGAUGUCUUUGACUAUUCGCAACUUGUCCCUGGAUGAUGCCGAUACCUACGAAGUGUGGAUUAGUAAUGCAGCAGGCAUCACUUCGCUCAGCUUUACUGUCGUUGUUUACACAUUACCCCGCAUUACCAGCCCUGCUGAUGAUGCAGUGUACAUUGUCAAUGUAACAGACGUGUUCCAAGUCACCUGUCACUCUGAAUCGUAUCCUGAAGCAGACGUCUCCAUCCUGAACGGCACUGAUGACCAAAUAUACAGUUCCAAAUAUGCAGCGAUCACGGAAUCAAAUGCUUCCAUUCCGGGAACUCAACUGACACAAUCAAGCAGCACCAUGACUAUCGCCAACACAACUCUAUCUCAUAACGGCACGUACACAUGUCAGGCUCAGCUCGCCACUCCAAUAGGGACAUACGCGAGAAGCACUAGAUUCUCGUUAACAGUGGCAGUGAAACCAGUGUUCUCCGUCAUCAAGUCCAAUUUCACCCGGCUGGAGGCCCAGAGCGUAACGUUUACCUUGGUGGUGCUCUACCCUGGCAACCCAGCCAUCAAGCCAAGUGAUAUCAUUUGGGAGUCGCCCCUGGGCACUGUGCAUCCGAUUGGAUCCACAUUUGUGUUCUCUGUUGAUCGUCAACGCCUCACAAUCAACCGCCUGCAGCGCCUUGACUCUGGCAUGUACACAGCACGAGCUGGAAAUUACAAUGGCUUUGCAGUGGCCGUCUUCCACCUGCUGAUGAAUGUUCGACCCUUCAUAUCAACCCCUUCUAGAGAUGAGAAGUUUACUGUAGAGGAGGGAAAGUCCCUAUCGAUCCCAUGCAAUGCCAGUGCUUUCCCCAGCACCAUGCCCGUGUGGGAGCAUAUCGGACUGGGUCGAGUUCCCACCACGGGCAGCGUCAGUGCCAGCACACUAUCCUCUUAUGAUGCAACACAGCAACUCUACCUGACGGCGAAUAUUCUGGUGAUUUCCGACGCUACAUUCUACAACAGCGGCAGAUAUCGUUGCGAAAUUGCGAUAGUCGACGACACUGGCUCACAUUUCACUGCUGUUGAAGUGGACAUAGAUGUGCAAGCUGGUCCAAGGUUCAACCAGUCUCAACGUGAAUACACAGUUCUCGAAGGUGAAAUGCUCGACGUCGAAUGCAUCGCAUUCGCCAAUCCACGGCCAUUGUUUGUCUGGACUGUAUCACCGGGAUUUCCCGCUGUGAUGACUGGCCUGGCUAGUGACGUCACAGUCUUGCCAUACCAUACUUCUACGUAUAGUAUGAGCAAUGCUGCUGUGGACGGAUUGUUGAACAACUACACACUGACUAGCAACGUGAACAACUCCAUUGCCACAGCCAGCACUACAUUCACUGUCAUAGUGCAAAUCCCACCAGCGUACAUCAGCUCAAGAACUGGAAUAUACGUAACGUGCAAUGAACACCAAUACGUUACACUGAGUUGCACUUACCGUGGACUGCCCGCGCCAACCAGUUUCUGGCAACAUGCAUCGAAUGCUACGAACCCUUUAUUUACAGUCGUUGAACGAAACAGCACAUUUCCUAAUGUGUACACUAGUGCACAUGCCUUCCCCAGUGUGAGAAAGUCGGACGAGGGAAAUUACUCAUGUUUGUUCCGGAACGAUGCAGGGAAUGCUUCUCAGGAUCUGUUCCUCCGAGUGCAAGUUCCUCCCCGAGCUAGUGCCGUGACGACACUUGUCCACGGUGUUCAAGAUAUGGUUGCUUCACUAAUAGUUCUACUGGACUUUGCUGGCGAUCCGGGUGUUCCUGUGGCUAACAUCACUUGGACAAAGUUUGUCAAUGCGUCACCCGAAGUGCCAAUUCCAACGUCAUUCCUAUCACAAAGCCGACUGAACCUCAGCAUAGCACACAUGAAUUACACCGAUGCUGGCUUGUACAGUGCACGGCUCUCAAAUCCAGCUGGUGCUGCAACUGUAAACUUCACUCUGGAGUACAGAGAGCCGCCAAGGUUCAUCUCACAGCCAGUCGUAGAAACACGUAACGAAGGCGCCAGUGUACAGCUUCAAUGCAUCGCCAGUGGUGUUCCGAAACCAAGCAUCAAGUGGCUGCACAAUGGAAUUGUCCUGAACGGAUCAGCAAUCACUACAAUCACGGAAGCGACGUACAACGCCAGCUUUGCAUGUGAUCAUAGCGAGUGUGUUUUGUCAACAUUGGCGAUAUCGAACAUCACGUAUCCGGAGCAUCAAGGCGAUUAUGAGUGUGAAGCAUCUAACAUCGUGUCUUCUGCCAUCAGCCGAAAUUCGACUUUGAACAUUUAUGUUCAGCCAACGGAGACCAUUGCCGCAUCAGAUCUAGCAGUGGUGGAAGGCGCCACGGUUCAUAUCACUUGCAAUGUACAUGCAGUACCAAUAUCAGCGAUAACCUGGUUCUUCAACAAUGUGGACAUAUCAUCAAGCCAUUCCUUUUCGGCUGGUCGUAUUCAACUUACGCAGUCCGAUCAUAAUCUGACCAUCAGCACGGUCGAAUUCCGUGAUCGCGGCGUCUAUCAAUGCACAGCCAGUAACACAGAUAGCAGCGGAACUCUUGGUGGAUCUGUCAACGGCACAGAGGUCACUCUCAGUGUGUAUGUUUCGCCAAUAAUAUCCGAAGCACCAGACAAUAUCACAAUUGUCGAGGGUGAGAAUGUCACUUUAACCUGUAUGGCAACUGGGCACCCAGCUCCAAGCAUACAUUGGCAGUAUAAUGGUACUGAUCUGCCAUCGUACUCAAAUGUUAGUAUUGCUGAAGGUCCAGUGGAGCCAACCUACAUCACCAGCAGCUUGAGUCUGGACAGCGUUGGGUUUGAGCAACGCGGUGCUUACAGAUGUGUGGCCAAAAUCAAUGCCACGGGUUCCCGGGACGUGGAGAGAAUGAGAGAUGUGGCUAGCAGUGAAGGUAUUUUGACAGUUUACACGGAGCCACAACUCCAGUUCUUGUCAAGCGCCUUACACAUAGAACCUCCUGAGCAGAUCAACAUCACCUGCACUUUCUCAAGUAACCCUCCUCCAACUGUUAUAAUUUCUGCUCCUGGCUACUCACAAAGUCAGAUGUUAUCACUGGGAUUGCUACACACUGUCCAAGGAGUAUAUUCCAGAGGCAUGCCUUGGAGUCAGGCAACACUACAUCUAGCAGCAGCAAGGCGUUCAGACAAUGGUACUUACACGUGUACAGCAAUGACACCAGCUGGAAACGCAACUCAAGACACAUCCGUUACUGUCUACGAGAUACCUGAUCCUCCCCGACCGGCUACAGCGGUGCAGAAUAUUCCCUACAAUAUCACUAUUGAAUGGACAGAGCCACAAGGCAAUAAUGCUCCCAUUUUAAGCUACAGGAUUGAGAUAACGUCUUAUGACUGUCAAGGAAACAAGGAGGAAAUGUUUCACAACACAUCUGCUGGAGUGCGGUUGGCAACAUUUAGUGUGUUGCCAAAUCGGCGGUACGAGUUCCGUGUGCAAGCCAGCAAUAGAAUUGGAACAGGAAGCUUCAGCCCCCAGUUGUCUGUUCACUCACAUGAAAUUGAACCACUGCCUGCCCCAGCCAGUGUCAAGGUAGAAGUGAUCAGCUUUGAGUCUGUCAACAUCUCCUGGUCAGACAUCAACUGUACAGAGCAAACAGCACAGACGCAGGGAUACCGUGUGUUGUACAAGGACCUAUUGGCAUCCAACUUUUCAUCUGUGGAAGUGUCAAACCAAAGCCUUUCAUAUGUGCUGUCAGGCUUGGACGCACUAACGUUCUACACAUUCCAAGUGUGUGUGCUCUCGACUACAAUGUGCAGUGCUGACAGUGAUCCGGUUCAGGCGAGAACCUUGGCUAUAGGAAACCGCUCUCCACCUGAAGCACAUGCACCCAACAAUGCAGUAGUUGGAGUGGAAAGUGAAGCAGUGGAACUGUUUGUGAAUCUCACAGAUGCUGGCAUAGCCCCGUUACCCAGUUCCAACAUUACUUGGGUGAAGGUUGUGAAUGCUACAUUUGAGGCAGCAGUCAACGCCAGCAUCUCCUCAGAUGGCCUGACACUGAGCAUACAUAGGAUGCACUACACGGAUGCUGGAAUGUACAUAGUCUAUCUGAGACACUCAGCAGCCGUACUCAAAAUCAAUUACACCAUACUCUAUGAAGAACCGGCUCAAAUACUCCGUGGACCUGAACUUACCAAUACUAACGAAGGGAGUAAUGUUACGCUGGAGUGUGUUGCUCGCGGCAUGCCAGCACCAGCGGUAGCAUGGUAUCAUGAGGGGAGUUUGGUCAGCAGUGACCUAUACGGCACUGUGACAUAUGCGGAUGCCGUCACUACCCGAAGGGGUACGCAGGGAGUAUGGUCGGUGUUGACCUUGGACAAUGUCACCACUCUGAAUGCUGGAAUCUUUCGUUGCGAAGCUAUCAACAAACACUUGCUGUCAGCAAGUUCCUCUGCCAGGCUCAAUGUGUACAUACCGCCUGAAGAGUUGGCCAUACAGCCAAACACGUCGCUCACAGAAGGACAAACAGCGCAAUUUUCCUGUCAAAUGUCGGGAUUUGACACACCGCAUGUCAGAUGGUACCACAACAAAACACGGGUUAUCACCACACUAACCAAUCCCAGGGUAGCACUGUCCAAUGGUAGCUGGAACUUGACAAUCAGCUCUGUUGUGCGCAACGAUACUGGGACGUACGGCUGUGUGGCGGAGAAUGGCAAUGUGACGGCUGGAUAUGGUGGUGUCACCGCAGGUUCUCAAGCACUGCUCACAGUACAUGUGCCUCCCAAGAUAAUAUUGCCACAGAACGGAAAUGUGUUUGUCGUCAACCAAACCGGUGAUCUGGAGUUGGAGUGCGUCGUGGAGUCGUUUCCAAUGGCAACCGUCACUUGCUACUUUGGCAGCAAUAUUGUUACUCGGACUCGUGAUGGGACGAUCAUGACCAAUGAGUCAUCAGUAUACAGUACUUCAUCCCAGCUGUACACAACUACAUACCAGCUCAGUGUGAGCAACAUCAGUGAGAGUGAUGCAGGACAGUAUGUAUGCAUCGCUACGGUGGUUGCAACAACUGGUGUUCACGUGGACAGCAUCAAUACUAGUCUUACCGUGCAAGUUCCACCGGUUGUUCAGAGAGUGAGUAAUGCCACCCAGGACAGUCUUGAAGCAAGCAAUGUCACAUUCAGUUUUGCGUACACAAACUCCCCACAACCACAGCCAAGCAUACAGUGGGCACUGCCCAUGGCCAGUCCGAGAUUUGAAGUUUCAACGAACAGGAUGUCUUUGACUAUUCGCAACUUGUCCCUGGAUGAUGCCGAUACCUACGAAGUGUGGAUUAGUAAUGCAGCAGGCAUCACUUCGCUCAGCUUUACAGUCGUUGUUUACGCAUUACCCCGCAUUACCAGCCCUGCUGAUGAUGCAGUGUACAUUGUCAAUGUAACAGACGUGUUCCAAGUCACCUGUCACUCUGAAUCGUAUCCUGAAGCAGCCGUCUCCAUCCUGAACGGCACUGAUGACCAAAUAUACAGUUCCAAAUAUGCAGCGAUCACGGAAUCAAAUGCUUCCAUUCCGGGAACUCAACAAAUACAAUCAAGCAGCACCAUGACUAUCGCCAGCACAACUCUAUCUCAUAACGGCACGUACACAUGUCAGGCUCAACUCGCUACUCCAAUAGGGACAUACGCGAGAAGCACCACAUUCUCGUUAACAGUGGCAGUGAAACCAGUGUUCUCCGUCAUCAAGUCCAAUUUCACCCGGCUGGAGGCCCAGAGCGUAACGUUUACCUUGGUGGUGCUCUACCCUGGCAACCCAGCCAUCAAGCCAAGUGAUAUCAUUUGGGAGUCGCCCCUUGGCACUGUGCAUCCGAUUGGAUCCACAUUUGUGUUCUCCGUUGAUCGUCAACGCCUCACAAUCAACCGCCUGCAGCGCCUCGACUCUGGCAUGUACACAGCACGAGCUGGCAAUUACAAUGGCUUUGCAGUGGCCGUCUUCCACCUGCUGAUGAAUGUUCGACCCUUCAUAUCAACCCCUUCUAGAGAUGAGAAGUUUACUGUAGAGGAGGGAAAGUCCCUAUCGAUCCCAUGCAAUGCCAGUGCUUUCCCCAGCACCAUGCCCGUGUGGGAGCAUAUCGGACUGGGUCGAGUUCCCACCACGGGCAGCGUCAGUGCCAGUACACUAUCCUCUUAUGAUACCAUCCGACAAGUUUACAUCAUGUCCAGCAUCCUGAGAUUGACUGGUGCCGAAUAUGGCGACAAGGGCACGUACAAAUGCGAGAUAUCUCUCACAGACACCACAGGUUCACACGUCGCAGCUGUUCAAGUCGACGUUGAUGUGCUAGUUGGUCCCAAAUUCAAUCACUCGCAAACAAAGUACACGGUAUUGGAAGGUGAUACAUUCGACAUUGACUGCAUCACCUUUGCUAAUCCCAAGCCAUCCUACAACUGGACAGUAUCACCAGAAUUCCCAGCUACAAUGACAGAGCUCAUACGUGAGGCAAGCUCCGGCCCGUUUCACACAUCCAAGUAUCGUGUCAGCAGCGCUCCUAUCCAAGGUUACACACACACCUACAAUCUAACCUGCGCUGUCAACAACUCCGUGUCCAGUAACAGCACAACUAUCUCGCUUCUAGUUCAAGCAAAACCUGAUUUUUCCGGCUCUGACACUGGUCUGCUUAUAAGCAGCAGGGAAGAGGAUACGGAUGUUCGACUCAGCUGCACUUUCCGUGCUGUGCCAGAGCCGAACAUUACCUGGAAUCACGGAUCAAGUGCCAUCCCUGUUGGCACAGUGGUUCUUGUGGCUAACGAAACCGUCCCAUUUCUUUACACUAGCACACUGACUAUCCCCACCGUACGGAAGUCAGAGGGUGGAGGCUACACUUGUACUGCUACAAACGCUGUGGGAACAGAUGUCCAAUCGCUAUUUUUGAAUGUUCGACCACUAUACACGGCUGACUGUGACUUUGAAGCGGGAGGUUUCUGUGACUACACAAAUGAGCGUGGAGCAGACCUGAUUUGGUAUCGUACCCAGGGAGCCACAGCGAGCUUUCACACUGGUCCGCAAGCUGAUCACACAUACCGCAAUUCUACUGGUCACUAUGUAUACCUUGAGACGUCUGUGGGAGUGUCUGGCCACAGCGCAAUCUUACGCUCUCGGCUGAUCACCUCGCAGCCUUCAAUGAACUCGCGUCUGAGCUUCUGGUACCACAUGUAUGGUGCAGCCAUAGGAUGGUUAUCUGUACAAAUCCAGUAUGCAGAUGGGUCGAACAGAACAUUAUUGGAAAUGUUCACGAAUCGAGGCGAUCUUUGGCAGAAAGCAGUUGUUGAUAUUCCGCGCAAUGGCCAAGAUUUCUACAUACUAUUCAAUGCCACCCGAUUCUACAGUGAUACGGGAGAUAUUUCCAUCGAUGACAUUCAAUUCCUAGGCACCGAGCCACCCACCCCAACACCCAUGUGUUUGCCUGGUCAGUGGUACUGCUACAAGAGCACACUGUGCAUUGACUCUCGUCAAGUGUGUGACUUCAACCAUGACUGUGGUAACUCUACUGAAGACGAGGACUCUUGCUCCAAGUCGUGCAACUUCGACACGGGCGAAUGCAACUGGAAGAAUGCCAUCUUUCGAGACUUCCUUUGGUACAGACACUCCGGUAACACCAGCACUCCAGGCACUGGACCAUCUGUAGACCACACCACGGGAACAGUACAGGGUUACUACAUGUACACAGAGGGCAUAACCAUGUUCAAUGGUGCGUAUACAAACUACGAAUCUACAAACUUCCAGCGCACUGGACCAGCGUGUCGUCUGAAUUUCUGGUAUCAUGUGUAUGGACGUCAUCAGGGACAUCUCUCUCUUGCCAUUUGGACAGGAUUUCGUCACAAGGAUGUUCUCUGGAGCACAACGGGAAACCAGAGUGAUUAUUGGAGGCUAGGAUCAGCUUUCAUUGGAACAAGGUACAAUUUUAGCAUUGCGUUUGAACAAAUCCGAGGAGGUGGCGCGCUGAGCGAUGUAGCUAUUGAUGAUAUCCAGUUCAUCAAUUGUGCGGCACCUAAGACCAUCCAGGCAUGCACUGCCAGUCAGUUCACCUGCAAGAACCGAAACUGUGUGCCGCUUAGCGCAGCAUGCGAUGAUGCUAACAACUGUGGUGACAAUUCCGAUGAAGUGGGAUGCCCGGUGUACAACGGUGACUGUGACUUUGAGACGAGUAUGUGCAACUGGAAGAACACUGGUGGUGAUAAGCUGGACUGGACCCACCAUUCUGGGUCUACUCCAACGAUCUCCACGGGCCCUAGAUACGACCAUACCCUUGGAUAUGUUCUAGGACACUACAUGUACAUUGAAGCUAGCGUUCCUCACAAUAAUACUGACUACGCUCUCCUUGUAACGGAUACCUACUACCCGCCAACGACUGAUGGAAACUGUCAUAUCCGUUUCUACUACCACAUACUUGGUCAUGGUUCUGGAUGGCUGGCGCUGUACACGGAAACAAACACAUCCAUCAGGACAAAUGUAUGGACAACAUACUCCCAUCAGGGCAACGUAUGGCACCGAGCUGAUGUAAUUGUCGACUCCACAGAACCAUACCGAUUUGUCUUCAACGCCACCAUCGUCACACACGUGUACAACGAUAUCGCCCUUGAUGACAUAUCAUUGACAAAGGGUUGUAACGAAGGAUCUCCACAAGUAUGCCCUGCUGGUCAGUGGUAUUGCACAAAGAGUAAGAUAUGCAUUGACUCGCGCCAGGUGUGCGAUUUCAACAACGAUUGCGGAAUUUCGGCCGAAGAUGAAGAACAUUGCUCUAAACCCUGUGACUUUGAACGUGGUGAAUGCAACUGGGACAAUUCCAUUAACCUGAACCAUUGGCAUCACUACUGGUGGGAAAGGAUUGCUGGAACAAGUGGCGCAAUCGGUACAGGACCAUCUAGUGACCACACAAGAGGAAUUCCACAAGGGCAUUACAUGUACGCCGAAUCAAAGUACGACUCAGGAACUGGAUGGGUGGCCAACUACCAGUCAAGAACCUUCCAGCGGUCUGGACCUCUUUGUAGUAUUAGCUUCUGGUAUCAUAUGUAUGGACAAAAGCAGGGGCAGCUCUCAAUCUUGCUAUGGAGCCAAGGUGGUCACAGGGAGGUGAUUUGGGCAACGGAUAGAGACCAAGGAGAUGUUUGGAAGUAUGGCAAAGCCCAUAUCGGCACAAGGUACGAGUUCAGUGUUGGCUUUGAAGGCAUCCUUGGUGGUGAAGACUUCAGUGACUUGGCCCUGGACGAUAUCAACUUCACAGAUUGUGCAGCUUCUAAACCAAUAUUACCAUGUACAACAAGUGAAUUUGAGUGUCAAAAUCGCAACUGUGUGCCGCUUGCGCAAGUAUGUGAUGAUGCCAACAACUGCGGAGAUGGCUCGGAUGAGCAAGGAUGUCCUUCUUAUGUUGGAGAUUGUGAUUUCGAAACGGACCUCUGUGUCUGGAGAAAUGUCGCUGGUGAUCGUCAUGAAUGGCAGCAUCUACAGGGUAACACUCCGACAACACUCACAGGUCCCAACUACGACCACACGCGAGGGAACAACGAAGGGCACUUUGUGUACGUAGAGGCCAGUGGUCCCUCUCAUACUCUGGGAGACAAUGCACUUCUCGUCACGAAUUAUACCUAUCCUGCCACUACCGACAGUAGCUGCCACAUUCGCUUCUACUAUCAUAUGUAUGGAAAUCGGAUGGGCAACCUUUCGCUUUUUCUUGAAGAUGACUCCUCUCUGCGGACGUUGGUCUGGAGCAAGAGUGGCGACCAAGGAUACUUUUGGCAUCGAGCUGACGUCACCGUGCGAUCCACCUCGCCGUACCAUUACGUGUUGGAAGGAGUAGUAGGCACUGGUUGGGCAGGAGACAUUGCAGUGGAUGACAUCUCAUUGACCAGAGGAUGUCUCGAUGGCAGGCCCCCAAUCGUUCUUGGCCCUCCUUCCAAUGUAGCAUUGAAUGAAGGAGAUGACGCCCGCUUCACCUGCACCGCAAGUGGCCACCCUGGUCCGAAUAUUACAUGGCUGCACAAUGGAACUGCCCUGGGCAUGUCAUCAGCAGUAUCUAUCACGGAGACUGUGUACAAUGGUAGUCUGCUUGUGUUAGGUAGUUAUGGCAUAGUGUCUACACUACUGCUACACAAUGUGACUAACAGCGCUCACCAAGGCAAUUACACCUGCUGGGCCACAAAUGCAGGUCUCACGGAUGACGCACGAUCAGCGUUUCUCAGCGUUCAUGUUCCUCCUGUAGUGGUCACGCCACUGGAAGAUAUCAUCACAGUUGAAGGCACAAACAUAACGUUUACAUGCAACAUACACGGAAUUCCAUUCCCGUCUGUUCAGUGGUACUACAAUGACCAGGAUAUGUCAGCAUCACCAGCCCUUGCCGAUAACCGAGUUCACCUCUCAGUUAGCGGCAAGGUUCUGACAAUCAUCAACGUUCAAUUCCGUGAUCGAGGCCAGUACUACUGUCAUGGCAAUAAUACAGACACAUCUGGAAUGCUCGGCGGGACUGUAAACUCCACGAAGGCCACAUUGACUGUUCACGUGCAUCCUCAAUUGCAGUUCAUAACUCCUUCGUUGGAAGUGCUCAAGGAUGAUCUAAUUCGCAUAAUAUGCUUAUACAACAGCUAUCCUCUGCCCUCCGUCACCAUCAUUGCUCCCGGUUACUCACAAAGCCGACUGCAGUCACUUGGCAUGCUGCAUUAUGCUGAAGGAAUGCUCUCCAGUGGCAUUCUUUGGCGUCAAGUAACACUUCAAAUCCCGGCAGCAUCACGCUCAGACAACGGAACUUACACGUGCACGGCAGUGACGCCAGCUGGAAAUGCAACUGACCAGGCAUCGGUCACUGUCUAUGAGGUUCCUGAUGUUCCUGCUCCCCCAGUGACAUUGACCAAAGCACCGUAUAUUAUCGAAAUUCAAUGGAGGGAGCCGAGGUGGAACAAUGCGCCUAUCAUUCACUAUCAGGUUGAAUACGUGCACAUUGAUUGCCAUGGAAACGCCAUGUCCAAUACAACCAAUGCCACUGCGAGUGCCAGAGUGAUGUCAUUCACCGUUUCACCGAAUAUCGACUGCACCUACAGAGUUCGAGCUGUGAACCGUAUCGGAGUUGGCAAUCUGAGCAAAGCUCUGACUCUCAGAUCACAUGACAUUAACCCUACAGGAUCACCGGUGGAUAUCGUUGCACGAGUUCUGACGUUUGAACAUGUCAAUACCUCCUGGAGUCCACCCAACUGCUCGCUGGAGCAAGGACUCAUCAUCCAGUACCAAAUUCUUUACGAGGAUAUUCAGAGUAUGGCUACCGACAGUGUCAACGUCACUGGAAGCAGUAUAAGAUCUGCUCUUGUCACCGGGCUAAGCCCAUACACCGCAUACCGAUUCACUGUCCGCAUGUUCAACAGCAAUGGUUUUGGACCAUACAGCGCUCCAUUUGAAACAAGAACCCUGACAAUAAACAAUCAGUAUCCACCCGAGGCCCAUGCCCUACACGCAGUAGUGAUCGGUGUACAGAACACACCCGUCAGGCUAGAAAUGAACCUAACACAUCGCGGUAUUCCAGCUCUACCAAGUACCAACAUUACCUGGUCUCUAAGGUCUAAGAGUUCCAGUACGGGUCAAAUCGACUUGACAAUGUUUGCGUCAGGGGAUGGCCUGACUCUGCAACUUCCCAGUAUGAAUUAUUCGCUAGCCGGACAGAUCUGUGCUUGCCUGCAUCAUGACGCUGCUACGGUCAAGGUCAACUUUACUCUUCUCUAUGAGGAGCCUGCGUAUGUCAUUCAAGGCCCAAGCCCAGUCAAUAUCAAUGCAGGUCAAAUACUCGCUCUUCAUUGCAUUGCUCGAGGCAAGCCAGCCCCAAACAUCACCUGGUAUAGAGAUGGCUUUGAAAUGAGUCACUCGUUGUACACAACCACAGCAUACCAAAAUCAAGCCAUAGACGAACGCGGAAGCAAAGGAGUAGAAUCAACCCUGCUGACGAGUGUGGUCUAUGGUGUACAUGGUGGUGUAUAUGUUUGUCGCGCUGUGAAUGAAUAUCUACCGGAGUCCAGCGCACAGUCAGUGGUCAAGAUCUUUGUGCCGCCCACUGAGCUUACUCCUCCAAGUGAUGUAACCGAGCACGAGGAUCGGUCUGCCACAUUCAGUUGUUCAAUGUAUGCAGUGAACUCACCGGACAUCACAUGGUACCAUAACAACUCUUUCAUUAUCGACCCACUUGUCAAUCCCCGUGUGUCUUUGUCCAAUGGCAAUGCAUCGCUCACCAUCAGCCCGCUCUUUCACAAUGACAGCGGCAGCUACAACUGCAUUGCUGAGAAUGGCAAUGUGAGACUGGGCUGGGGUGGAGUGACAAUCGGCACUGCUGCAUAUCUCACAGUACUUGAUCGGCCAACGUGCAGAAUUGCCAAUGUUGAACAUGCACACAUUGCAACGGGGAGAUUCUACCCUGGUGAUACGACCAACAUGACGUGCUAUUCCGGAUUUGUGCUACAAGGGAACGGCACGCUGACGUGUAACUCCUCUCUUGGAUGGAACACUAUGUCGUCGUCAUGUCAAGAUAUAAAUGAAUGCACUUCUGACAUUCAUAACUGCCCAAUGAACUCCACCUGCUCCAAUUCUCCUGGAAGCUUUACAUGCGAUUGCUUUUCUGGCUUCGUACAAAGUUCUUCCUCCGGUCUCUGCUCUGCUUGUGUCCUGCCAUGGAGACAGCUAGCACCGGGAUCCCGAUAUUGUGGGUAUCUGCCAGGUGUUUCGGAUAAAUAUGACAUGGCUAUUUACUACUGUGCAUCAUUGACUGGUGGCGAUGCUUGGUUGCCGAGAGUUCGCAGACAACGGGACAACAACGCCAUCUCUGGCUUCCUCUCCAGUUUCAACACCAACCAAGUGUGGUUGGGUACAGAUGACAGACAGAUGGAAGGCAACUUCCUCUGGACGGAUACACAAGAAAAUCUCACGUACACAAAUUGGAUCGGCGGUGAACCGAGUAACACAACUGGCAGUGAAGACUGCGUGGUCAUUUCCACCACUGGUACAUGGACAGCAAGGCAUUGCAACAUGGCUAGUACUGUACUGUGCGUAAGAGAUAUGCCAACUUGCUCUGUGCCACAAAUUCAAAACGGUGGGAUAAGUUCAGGAGUCCAGUUCUACCCGGGAACUGCCGCAAAUGUCACAUGUAAUCCAGGCACGUUGCUGACUGGCAGUGAGAUCAUCACAUGUAAUGACAGUCUUCAGUGGCACGCAGCACUGCCAACAUGCCUAGGCGAUGUGACUAAAAUAGCAAUUGCUGGUCAAUCGACAGCAAUGCACUGUGAUCUUCCACUUAUAGAGCACGCCACUGUGUCAUGGUAUAGAAAUAAGCAGAAACUCUAUCAAGAUGAUCUCCUUGGAAGAGUGUCAUUUCAUCUCGGCGAUCAUAUCCUCACCAUCUUCCGCCCAGAGCUCAGCGACACUGGUACUUACCACUGCACUACAGUGGACACUGGCGGCACUGGCAAUGUCGCAAGCGUACAAGGAAACUAUACCAUAUUUAUUGUACAUACGAAUCCAUCAAUCGUUCCUCCCCUGCCAAAGUCCAUUACAUCAUUUUCUGGUGCAAGGCUGGAAGUAAAGAGCAGUUUUCUUGGCAAUCCCGAACCCGAUGCUGAAUGGUGCCUGAUAGCGGAUGGUGAAUGCAACGGCGUGGACACUGAAAACUGUUCAGCUGUGCACACUACAAGCACGCCGGGCAAAGCAGAGCUCAUAUUUCCAUCUGUUCAUACAUGCCACAGCACAGUGUACACACUGACUGUGAAUAAUUCUCUUGGGACGAUCUCAGCACAGAUCCAUAUACCAGUGAAAGAACAAACCCGAAUCGGGUUCCAGGGAAUAUUCAACACCGCCAAUCUUCGACGAAGGCGAAACCUGGAGGCCACUAAUGAGAGCGACGCAAUCGAGCAAGCAUUCUCUACUCUGCUGCGGAUGCUGAUUCCGAAUAGGCUCAUAGAGCAGGAACAUUUCGAAUAUGACAGCUCUCAAGGACCAUCAUCUGUAUUGAUUCUAGUGGAUCUUGUCAUCCCAGCCGAGUUCCUGACAGCAAUCGAUGCAAGUGUUUCCAUUCCAAAGAUACGAGCGAAUUUAACAGCUAGACUAUUGAAUCCAAGUAUGCCACUUCAAGUAAAUGCUUCCUCAUUCAACUUACUUUAUUACGAUCAGUGUGAUUCCGAAACCACAUACGGCGGAAUCAGGGGCAAUAUAACGUGGCCACAGACCUUUAUCGGUACAGACAUAACAGUACAAUGCCCCGUCGCAGUCCACAGCAACCUUAUAAGAUACACCACACGGACAUGUGGAAUGGUCCCGCGACCUCAUAAUGCUAACCUGACCUGGGGUAUAUGGUCUGCUGCUAACCUCAAUCACUGCCCGAGUGCAAUAACAGUGGAUCUCUACAAAUUGUCCAAGGCCCGACUAAACACAAGCAACCCCUCCACGAUUCUAGAUCAUUCCAUUGCCGUGUCGAAUCUCACCAGCUUUGUUCAGAAUCUCAUAGCAGAUGAUGUUGAUUACGCGACAUCCAGCAUCUACAAUGCUGUUUCGACUGUCAGCAAGGGAUCCAACUUUAACAGUACUUAUAUCAAGCUGAUUGCAAAUGCCACGCUGCGAUCCGUAGACAACAUUCUAGACGUCAAUUCCACCAUCAUUUUGCCCCCACCAGCUGCCAGAGUUGCCAAAGCAAUGGAAAAGCUGAUGACAAUUGUACCACUGGAUCAGGGUGAAGUGUUUCAGGCAUAUGAGAGCAACGUGGGCUUUGCCCUGGCCUGUCAUGUGCCAAGCAGUGUCAACGAGAGUCUUCACUCCCACUAUGAUAGAGUUGCUAAUAGGUUUUACAUCAACACUAAUUUCACUUCAGGAGUUAUACCACUAGUGUCACUGGUAAUUCCAGGCAGUGCUAUAUCGCAAGCCACCGAGAGAUUACCCAAUUCCAGUCGCAUCAACUGCCCGAUAGCCCCCACAGCGUUGAUCCUGUACCGGUCACAUGAAUUUUUCGUUGACUUUCAACUUUACGACAACACCACAGUGACGUCUGACAUCAUCUCUGUCCAGAUUGGCCAGGAGGAGUUGGAGCAUCUCAGGGAACCAUUCAUCUCCACCUUUGAUCUCCCCUAUGCUGUUCCUACAGGAAAGGAUGACGAAGUUCGUUGCGUUUCAUGGGACUUCAAACUUGCUGAUGGAACCGGUGGCUGGACAGAGGAUGGAUGCAAGGUGCUGGAAAUCAGUACGUCCAGGAACCAGACGACAUGCAGAUGCGAUCACCUGACACAUUUCGCUGUUCUCCUGGUUCGCAGCUCAGUAGACUCGACUGAUCUACCGCCUGUCGAAGAAAAGGUGCUGAAGUACAUAUCGAUUAUUGGCACUGCCCUCUCCAUGGUUGGACUACUCUGCACUAACAUUGCCAUACUUUGGAUCAAGAAACUUCGGCAGGGCCACCACCAUCAGAUGGUGUUUGGGCUAUGCACAACUCUACUUCUCUUCCUGUCGAUAUUCCUGCUGAUCCUGUAUUACGAAAACCUUCCACAGCAUGGCCUGGCAUGCAAAGCACUAGCCAUAGCCAUGCACUUUCUCCUGCUCUCUUCCUUCAUGUGGACGUCAGUGGAUGCCACGUUCCUCUACAAGCAGAUUGUGAUCGUGUUUGAUGAGACCAAGCAAAGUGUCAGAUACACACUUCACUCGUUGGUUUUCGUACUGCCGUUGAUUGUGGUUGCUGUGUCUGCUGGACUGACGCUGCCUGAUGGCUAUGGAGGAGAGAACAUCUGCUGGAUUCGUUCCGACCCGGUCUUCUACGGUGCUUUGAUUGCACCGAUGGCGCUGUGCCUUGGAUACAAUCUAGUCAUCCUUGUCAUUGUCGUCGUCACUCUGCAGAGACGUGGAAAGAACCUGGCUAACAGCAUCAACAAACGCCAACAAGGGAAAGAAGGCUCUGCUCCGUACGGUCGUGUCCAUCUCCAUCCUGCUUGGCCUUACAUGGGUAUUCGGAUUCCUGGUGCUUGCUGAUGACAACAUUGUCUUUCAGUACGUGUUUGCCGUUCUGAACUGUCUGCAGGGUGUGUUCAUCUUCGUACACGUCAUCCGGGGCCAGGAUGCCAAGAGAGGUGUCGAGGAGAUUUUCUCCUCUCGCAAGUCGACAACGGGUUCAAGCACCAAAUUUACUGGACUUAUCAGCCUCAUACGUCGCGUGCGUAACACGACGACCAGUAGCAAGGCUGGCAGCGGCAGCAGCGGCAGUCAUGCGAAGAAGGGAACGGGUGAGGUCAGAGGAGUGCGAGGCAUUAAAGGCGGCAGCAGUAACAGCAACGGCAACGGUAGCAAAAUUCCGGAUAGUGCUCAGCUAAGCACUCUGGAGAGAGUAAAUUUCAGAAGUCCGGUGAGCACGAGGAGGGCGAUAGGAAAGGAAGGUCAUGCCACAUCUCAUGUUACACCCACUCCAAUACCUAUACACCUCGCAACAACGCUCGACAGACAUGGAAAACUGGGUCAAACCUCAGGCAAACACCGACAACCGAUGAUGAGCAAAGCGUCUUCGUGCAUUCUCAAACGCCGGUUGACCUUCCCGAUAUUGGCACCCUCCUGUCGCCAGAAUCCCCAACAUCGGACUGGCGGCAAAGUUUCGAACUCUCGCCAAUAAAUUCCGCCUCAAGUAUUUCACCAUUAACGCCACAAGAUGUGUUUAAAACCCAACGAACACAGUCAUUUCGGAACUUCAAAUUCGAGCAAUAUAAAAGUCCAUCUGGUGACAUCUACGCUGGUAUAGAUCUUGCACCGAAAGCCAGUUCAGAGAGUAAGAAGUAAUGCCCGGCUGAACACUUACCAACAACCACUGCUAGCAGUUCGUUUUUCAUAAUUAGAAAUGCAGAUGAUUUCACUUUCCUGUUGCUCUUACAGGAUAAAGAGAUAUUUUUUGGAAUCUUACUCGAAUACAAUAAUUAUUAUUUUAAUAAAAAUGAAAUUGAACAUUCGACCGCGUAAAUACUUUUAAGUAUUUACGCGGUCGAAUGUUGAGUUUCAAUUCUCCUUUUACAAUCUCUCUUUGAGCGCUCCCAUUCAUUAAUUUUACGCCAUGAGGACUCAUUCUCUCCUACGUUCUUAUCUUUGUGCAUGUCUUUUGAUGCUGCAUUUAGUUAGAUAAUUUUACAAAAGAGAAUGCCUCCAUGCAAGCAAGCAUAAUGUUUUUGAUGAAUUUUUUUGUGUUUCCUCUUUCGUUACUUUACAACACUAGUUGAAAGAUGAUAAUGAUAUUUUCGGUAGUAAAGUAUUUCUGUACAUGUACUACACAUGCUACUAAUUCGACUGCCUGCUGCAUCUAAUAACGUUAAUAGCCUGAAUCUUUGUUAUGGGUAGGCAAGUGAUUUUGAAUGAUAGCCGAUUGGCAUGGUACAAUUUUCAUCGCUUCUUUUACUGGCUUGUGGGAAUCAUUUUAACCCGCUUGGAUUUGCCAUUCUGUAUCACAACGUGUAGUUUUCAGCAAAGAAGCUUU